CAUAUCGCAUUCAACAAUCUCAUUCUCCCAAAUUCCCAGACUCUACUUCCGACCCAAUAACAUGCCUUCCUUCCGCAUGGGUAUGUCCCCAGCCAUGUCACUACCCCCGUCAUCGCCGUCGGUGGUUGCUCCGUCGCCGCCCUCAUCCAUCGACUUGCCGGUGCGGCCCGUUCCCGGAAGUUAUGGCUGGCCGCUGCUCGGCCCUUUCAGCGACCGUUUAGACUACUUCUGGUUCCAGAAGCCGGAAGCCUUCUUCAGGAAGCGGAUCGAAAAGUACAAGAGCACCGUGUUCCGUACCAAUGUCCCUCCCUCCUUCCCUUUCUUUACCAACGUCAACCCAAGCGUCGUCGCUUUGCUCGACUGCAAAUCCUUCGCUCAUCUCUUCGACGUGGACCUGAUUGACAAGAAGAACGUCCUCAUCGGAGAUUUCAUGCCCAGCGUCGCUUUCACCGGCAACAUGAGGGUCGGCGUUUAUCAGGACACUUCUGAGCCUCAACACCCCAGGUUCGUGAAGAAGUUCAUCAUGGAUGUCCUGAAACGGAGCUCCGGCAUAUGGGCAACCGAACUGGCAUCCAAUCUUGACGUGAUGUGGGAUGACAUUGAAUCAACGGUCUCCAAAUCCAGCUCCGCCGGUUACAUCUUCCCACUUCAGCGGUGCCUCUUCGCUUUCCUCUGCAAAGUGCUCGCCGGCGCCGAUGCUUCAUGCGACCCCGAUAUCGCCAAGUCCGGUCACGCAAUGCUCGACCGGUGGCUCGCCCUCCAGAUCCUCCCCACCGUCCCUAUCGGCGUUCUUCAACCUUUAGAAGAGAUUUUCCUCCACUCUUUUGCCUAUCCUUUCUUCCUUGUUAGCGGGGACUACAAUAAACUCUACCAAUUCAUCAAAAAAGAAGGUAAAGAAGUGAUCACAAGGGGUGAGACUGAGUUCGGGUUGAGUCAAGACGAAGUGAUUCACAACUUGCUGUUCGUGCUGGGUUUCAAUGCGUUUGGUGGGUUUUCGGUUUUCCUACCCGGUUUGAUAGACACAAUAGCAAGUGACGAAACCGGGUUAGAGGAGAAGCUGAGGACCGAAGCGAGGGAGAAGGGCGGGCCCACCCUGAGCCUCGACUCGGUCAAAGAGAUGCAUCUCAUUCAAUCCGUAGUGUACGAAACUCUCCGGCUAAACCCGCCCGUUCCGCUUCAAUACGGCCGAGCCAGGAAGGAUUUCCGGCUGUGCUCGCAUGACUCGGCGUUUGAGAUCAAGAAGGGCGAGCUGCUCUGUGGGUACCAGAAGCUGGUUAUGCGGGACCCGGUUGUGUUCGAUGACCCGGAGAGCUUCAGACCGGACCGGUUCACAGGAGGGGGCGUGCAGUUGUUAGACUACUUGUAUUGGUCGAACGGGCCUCAAUCCGGGUCGCCCAGCGAGUCCAACAAACAGUGUGCCGGUAAAGAUGUGGUCACCCUCACUGCGUCCUUCAUUGUGGCCCACAUGUUUCGCAGAUACGAUUCCAUAAAGGGGAAUGCAACUUCAAUCACGGCCGUCCAGAAGGCCAAAUGAUGAAGGGUCAGGAUUUGUUGGUUUGGGGUUAGUGUGAUGACGUCCGAGAUGCUGAUGGUCAAGAGAUCAGGCGCUGGCUGCUUGUUCUCAAUUAUAGCGGUUACUGCGAAUUUUACAAGCAUAUGUAUUCUUUAUAAUGGUUGCAUUGGCUAUACUUGCAAUAUCAGAUUAUUAUAAAUGAGGUGAAAUAUCAUUAAAGGCCUUUGAUAGAAGGCAUCCUUUUAUGGAAAGACGGUUGCUCGAGCUCCAGCCCUGUAUAUUACCCGCUUAAUAAGAAAUAAAGUUUCUGAGUAUU